GUUAUGUCCUUGACGGAAGAGUAAAUAACACAGGAUGCGUGUGUUUUCCGCAUGAUAAAAUUUAGAGGAAGUUCCUUGAUUUAAAAAAGAUAUGCUCUAGAAGAUGGCAAAUUUCAUGGAGUUUUUUCACAAGAGGAAGACUUUUCGUCCUAAGAAGAAGUUUGAGCCUGGGACUCUUCGAUAUUCCCUCCACAAACAGGCUCAAGCUUCUCUUAAUUCAGGGAUUAAUCUCAGAGAAGCUGUUAAAGUGCCUCCUGGUGAAUCUUUAAAUGACUGGAUUGCUGUUCAUGUGGUUGAUUUUUUUAAUCGAAUCAACCUUAUAUAUGGGACUGUAACUGAUUAUUGUACUGAAGAAACAUGUCCCACCAUGUCUGGAGGACCUAAAUAUGAAUAUAGGUGGGCAGAUAAUAAUGAAUACAAAAAGCCAACAGCUUUGCCAGCUCCUAAAUAUGUAUCAUUAUUAAUGGACUGGAUUGAGUCUCAAAUAAAUAAUGAAGAUAUAUUUCCUGUGAAAGUUGAUGUUCCAUUUCCUAAAGUCUUCCUUCCAACUUGUAAAAAAAUUUUGACAAGGUUAUUCAGAGUGUUUGUCCAUGUUUAUAUUCAUCAUUUUGAACGAUUAGUUCUUAUAGGAGCUGAAGCGCAUGUGAAUAUGUGUUACAAGCAUUUUUACUAUUUUGUGACAGAGUUUGAUUUGGUUAGUCAAAAGGAACUAGAACCAUUAGCUGAAAUGACGAGUAAAAUUUGCAAGGGGAGUGCACCUUCAAAGCGAUAGAGCACUUAUUUUAUUACUAAUUUAUUGCUUGUUUUUGUAUUUGAAAUGCAAAUAGCUUAUAGAUUAUUCCAUAGACUAUAUUCAAAUCAUUCCCGGUUAAUUAUUUUAAUUAUUUUCGUCAAAGUUUAUUUAUUUACAUUAUUGUUAUGGCUCUAUUUUAUGAUGAUUAUCAUGUUCUAGAUUUUACUAUUAAUAUUUUUUUUCAAAAAAAAAAUUCUUUUAUUCUAUUCUAUUUUUAAGAUGAACUGAUAGCAUUUUUAUUUAUUUCAUGUUUUUCAAAUUGGGCUUUUUACCUUCUUUCAUUUUAUAUUAAUAGAAAUUAUCACUUUCGGUCAUUUUGGAAAUGCGUUGUUAUUCAUCUGAUAUUUAUAAAUUGUGAUUAUAGAAAUUAUUUGCUUUUAUUUAAAUAGUAUCAUCAAAAUUAAAUAAAUGCUCUCAAACUAUAAACUGCUCAUUUUGCUGUUAAACUUGAGUGAUUAACAUUAAAAGUUCAUAAUAAUUUUUAGAAUAUUCAAAUAGUUAAAUAUUCCAUAAGUGUGUGUGCUCAUUGUAUCUUGACAAUCAUUGCUCAAAAACAUACAAUGGAAAAAUGUCUAUAAUUUUGUUAUCGUUGAAAGGGGAAAAAAUAUAAAAAAAUUUCUAUAAGAAUUAAUCUCUCUUCCUCUGUCUUUUUUUUUUUUUCCCAUGUUUAGAAAAUACGUAAAAAAGAAAAUAAAAAAAAAUCAUCAUUCCUUCACCUCUUUGCUUUUGAAAGUAGUGGGUGGGCAUAUCAAGGAUAAAUAGCACUUGCAAUUAAUAUUUAUUUACUAAGCAGCCUCCCUUCUCAGUUAUUGACUAAUAGUUUUUGAAACAUAAAAUGCAAAAAUAAUGUCUUCCUGGCACUCUUCAUGACUGGUACCUAUAACAUUUAAACUGCCCUUAUCCAUGAUUCACUAUCUCAUUAUAUUUGAGGAAGAAAAUUAAUAAUGGUGCAUCAUAGCAUAAUUGUCAUGAUAAAACCAUAACAAAAAUAAAUUACAAUAUUGAAUAUAAAUUGAAUUGUGAAUUUUGUGAUUGUGAGAUUGUGAAAUGUAGUGAGAAUUCAAUGCAUUUUGUGAUACUAAUUUAUGAUAGACACUGCCAUGGUAAAACUUUUUUUAAAUUUUAAGAUCUAUAAAAAUUUUAUUCACUCGGUAUAUAACUAGAUAAGGAUUUUUAUAUUAGACACAAACAUCACUGCAUAAUGUGCAACUAAAUGUUGUGAUUUGCUCUGUGAAUUUAAUUUGCAUCUUUGAAUUCAUAAAAUUAGGAUAAAAGAUUUUCCAAUCUAGAUAUAAGUGAAUGCUGAAAUCGUGUAAAAAAAUAUUUAGAGAGAAAGAUCUUUGUAGAUUUUUCCAUUGCUUUCAUUAUCCCACCUAAAAAUCAAAUAUUGAAAAGUGAUUUUUUUAGGACAAUUUACAUCCUAAUUUCAGUCAAAACAAACUUAUAUGAUUAAAAAUUGUUCUGUCAUUUGCCUGUAUUCUUAUUUAUAAUUUCUGUCCAAUUUCAUCUACAACAUGUGCCUUUAGUAUCUGUUGCCUGAUAUGAAAUCUUCUGUAUAAUUUAUUGCUGGAAGGAGCUUUUCUUAUUGUAUAUGUAUUUUACACUUUGCUUUAAGUACCAGUGAUUUAAAAAAAAAUGUAUAAUUCAAUAUGUAUUUUUACUUUUCUUCAUUAUUUUACUUGUUCAUCAAACAAAAAGAGAAAAUGCAAAAUUCUUGAAAUAUAGAAACCAAAAAAAAUUGGCUGGUUAUUGAUAAAAAUAAUUGUUUGGGAUUCUUGCAUGUUGUUAGAAAUAGCCAAAUUUUAUUUGCCAAUGUACAGCAUUUCUAAAAUGAGUAUAUAAAUCUAAAUAAAAACUAAUUAUAAUAAACAAUUAGUACCACAUAUAUUUUUAAUGUAUUUAUGGUAAAAUUGUGACUUUCUUAUUAGCAAAAGGAGAGGGAGGGGAAUACUAUGCAUGCAAACAAGUUAUGAGGGCUUUUAGGUUAUGUUUUCAAAAUUUGUCAAAUUCAACUUUAAUAUAACUUAAAUAUUAAGUUAUUUCCAUUAAGAGUUUGCAGUAUAAUGGUUAGCAAUGUAACUUGCCUAAAAAUAAUUCGAUAAUAAUCCAAAAUAUGUAAAUUUAAGCAGUGUUAUAUGUGUUAAUAUUUAUUCAGCAAAUGAAUGUAAUGCUAGAUGCACAGUUAAAUGAAUCUGUUAUUUAAUAUAGUACAUUUAUAGCUUCUUCUACUACUGAUCAAAUUGUGUGGUACCUAGGAGUCAAUAAACAAAUCUUCCAGUUUCUUUUUUUUUUUUUUUUUU